AUGACAGUAACUUUCGAUAACACGUAUAUAAAUAUAUAUAUCUCUACACAUACGCACACAAAAGAAUAUUCACGCUCCGGUAGCAAAGUGCAACAAUUCUCGAUUCCGCGGCGAUGCAUUUUCCGUUUGGAAAAAUGGAGUAAGAAAAAGAAAAAAGAAAAAAAAAAACACUCGCGGUUACACGUUGCAGAAAACGGACUGCCAAGGAGAUUACGGACGGCCUACACGAACACGCAGUUGCUCGAGCUAGAAAAAGAAUUCCACUUCAACAAGUACCUGUGCAGACCCCGAAGAAUCGAGAUAGCGGCAUCCCUCGACCUCACCGAAAGGCAGGUGAAAGUGUGGUUUCAAAACCGGAGGAUGAAGCACAAGCGUCAAACGUUGAGCAAGGAGGACGGGGACGAGAAGGACGGCUCGGCGUCCGACGGUAUGGAGAAGUCCAAGGGUGAGAAACUGUUGGCGAUCGACAGCGAGGAGAAGAAGAGUUGCCACAACUGUGAUAUCUCGAGCGUCAACGACCCGGUAGGGAGCAGCACCCUAUCCGGAGACGUGACCGAGCUCACCUCGUCCUCCGUUAACCGUCGAAUCGUCACCACCUCCACCACCAACAACAACAACAACACUCUAACCGCCAUCAACAACAACAACAACAACCCAGCCUUCAACGCCAACAGCAACGGAGCGAGCAGCGUGGGCAGCACGAACAGCGUGUCCAGCACGUUCGAGAAGAUGAUAGCCGACGACGACUCGAGGUCGCAGGACGGCAGCGAGGUCACCUCGCCUACCACGAGCGCUGCCAAGAAACUGGGCAGCGACGGGGGGGUCAGGGUUAAGGUGGAGAGCGGACGCAAGAGCCCCCUCGCUCCUCUCCCCAAGCAGGGUCAACAGCAACAGCAACAACAACACUCAGGAGUCUCUGUCAGCAAGAAGUCGCCCUCCACCACCUCCUCCUCCUCCUCUUCCUCUUCUACCUGCUCUUCCUCCUCCUCCUCCUCUGCUUCCUCCACCUGCUCCUCCUCCAAGGAACAACUGUGCUCCGUCAACAGCAACGGGGUGCUGCUCGCCAUGCCCGACUCCACCGUCAGCACGCCCCUCCUCCCCGGCCAAAACUCGGCCAGGAGCCUAACCCCCUCCUCCACCCCCGGCACCCCGGUCUCCGUCCAACUGCAGCAGGGCAGCCCCCUCGGCGGCAUCCAGGCGGCCACCCACGCCGCCUACAUGCAGCGCCCCAGGAGCUCCCCCUCCUCCUCCUCCUCCUCCGUCGCCGCCGGCCCCCCACCCCCUCCGCCACCCCUCGUCCUUGCCGGGCCCCCGAUCAUGCACGGCUCCACCAACGCGGGCACCAUGUCCCCCCACCACUCAGCAAGGAACAACAUGAGCAACUUUCAGCAACAGCAACAGCAGCAUCAUCAGAACAACGUCUAUCAACCGGCGGCCACGCAGGCCAUCGACUACAGGAACGGCGCGUUGCUGGCUUCCAACCACCGACAACUGCCCCCUCAACAGGCCAACUAUUGUCGAGAAGGAUUGUAUCAACAGUCCAGGCUUCCAUCUUCCUCCUCCUCCUCCUCCUCCUCCUCCUCGUAUCAAGCCAACGAAGUUCACCACCAGUCCUUGUACCCCAGACAGAGCCACCAUCAACAGCCGUCCAGGCUCACCCACCACGUCCGCGCGUCCAAUUCCUCGAGAACAGGCACCGGAUCCAUGUACCAGCACCCAAGCUCGACCCACCAAUUCCACCAACAGCAGAACCAUCAUCAACAACAGCAACAGCAACAGUAUGCGACAGGGGGGGGUAAUAACGGGGAGUACAACGGCGGCUACAACCAGUCGUCCUCCUACCACUCCUCCACCUACCACAGAGGCGUGCAAAGCGGCCAGGGUUAUCCCUCGGGUGGCCAGUCUUAUCCCGAUCAUCCGGACCAGGCUUACAUGACACAUGGCUACGGCUACCAUCAUCCCAAUCCUACUUAUCCCUCCUCCGACGUCCACCAUCACCAACACUACUACAACGACGUGCUCCAUCACCAUCAUCAUCAUCAUCACGGUUCGGCUACGAGUACCGCCAACACAGAGACUUAUCCAAGCGCGGAGUACGCGAGACCAGGCAAGUGUCACCCGGCCUACUAUCACGAGCAGACAGGCCAACUGCAGCAGCAGCACGUGCACCAGGGCGGCGAGGCGUCCAACAUCCCCAACAGCUACGUGUCCUCGCCCGACCCGUUCCCGUCCUCCGCGCCGGGGAUGGCCACCACCGCCACGGCCAUCGCUGCCGCCACAGCAGCCGUGAUAACCCAGCCACCCGACACCGACUCGACCACCUACAACAACAACAACACGGCUAACAAUAACAACAACAACAACUCGUACGGCAACUUUUACACGGAGCAGGCGACGGCCAUGGCACACGCGGCCCCCCCCUCGGCCGACAACAGCAACAGCUCGUCCGACUUCAACUUUCUCACCAACCUGGCCAACGACUUCGCACCCGAGUACUAUCAGCUCAGCUGAGUCCAGUUCUCUUCUGGAGAGGGGCAGGAUGGAGGGGGGGGAGGGCAGUUGGAUUGGAGCGAGGAACAGUGUCUUUUGAACGAGGCGUUGUACUGAUAUGGAACGGAGGGGAUGGAAGGGGUGGCAUCUGUUUUGAGAAUAGGUUGAUGAUCGGUUUGGAAAUUCGCGGAGUGAUCGGCUCGAUGCCAACAAUUGUCGUCUCCGUCCGUCGUUCGAACGGUCGCUUCGCCGAUUAGGGGGGGGGAGACACGAAUUCCAAGAGGGAGGAAAGCAAUAAUUCUUAUUACGCGUGUAUAUAUAUAUAUGGGGAUUAAUUUAAGGGAGGAUGGAUUGAAUAAGCGAACCAAAUAGAGGGAAGGAGACGCGGUAACAGCGUACAAGGAGGAAUGUCGAUUUUCACACUCGAUUCGAGAGAUUAUUUAAACAAUAACACGUACCAGUAUCGUAUCUGGUUUGUACGAAAUAAUUAAAAAAGGAAAAAAAAAUGGCAUUUAGGGAAUACACACGUACAUGAACCCGAGAGGGGAUCUGUUUGUACAUAGCUUGCGAUAAUCGUACGUACACAUAUACACGUUAUGUACUUGCGUAUAGAGACGUUUGAGGAUCACACAUAUACAUACACAUACAUACAUACGUACACAUGCAUACAUACGCGUUUAUUCGACUACUCUGAAUGUAAUGAUUAAUAAGUUACACGCGGAAACGGUGGGAGAGAAGAAGAGGAUAGGAAUUGAUAAGAAAUUUGUUUCAGUUUUUAUCCCUGUUUCGUUCGAGAAACAUUUAACCACGGAUUAAGCGCAAUAAGACCGAUCAUAAAUGGAAAUGGAUGAUAAUAAAAGAUAUCAUUGUAAAA